CCUCCCACCCCCCGGGCCUGCUGCGAGGCUGCGACCUCUGCGCCGGCACGGAUUUGAAACCUUUUUGCGGCGGCGGCGGCGGCGGCGGCGGCGGGGACCGCUCGGAAAGCUUGCACGCUGAAUUAUGGAAAUGGGAAGCGAAGAAGAAAAAUGGGAGAAGCUGGAUGCGGAAUUUGAUCACUUUGUGGUAGAUAUGAAGCCCUUUGUUCUAAAAUUACCCCAUAGGUCAGAGCGGCAGAGGUGUGCACUUUGGAUUAGAAAACUGUGUGAGCCUUCAGGAACAGGAGCAGGGGUCACAGGCAGGAGGAAUCGGAAUCUGUACGCAAAGCUCUUACUACACAUGCUCAGGCGGGGGGCUCUCGAGGGCCCUUUCACCCACCGCCCUGAGCCAGGGACGCUGAAAACUUUACCUUCAUACAUGUCCAUCUAUUUUGAAGAACCAAAUCCAGCACAAGCCAAAGGAUUGUCCAGCCCAGAAGGAUUACCAGACUGGGUGAUGGGCGAGCUGGGGAACGGUGAGCACAGAUUCAGCGAGUCACGGACGCUUUCUUCUGGAGAAGAUUGCUCUUUGGUACAGUCACCGACCCAUGUCCAGAGGGAACAAUGCAUUGCAAAGCUCCAAACCAGAUCACAGUUUAUGAGUCCAACCUACAGAGAUGAUGGACAGAUUAUUACCCCAAGGAGUUAUGAAAUUCAUUCGAGGAAAUCUGCUCUUUCUUUGGAUGACAGUGACAUCGAAGCUCGCCUUAAUAGUUGGAAUCUUGGGAUAGAAAAUCCUCGGUACCUGAGACAGAAGCCUAUCCCAGUUACUUUGAUGACUCCCAAAUUCAGCCUGAGAAAAUCCAGCAGUCUCCAGGAGGAUCAGUUACUGUCUCGAAUGCAUGAGAAGGAGUUGGACAUGAAAACAAAAAUGAUGGAAGCUAAAUAUCAUGAAGAGAAACUUAAACUGCAGCAGAAGCAUGACGCUGAUGUUCAGAAGAUUUUAGAAAGAAAGAAUAAUGAAAUAGAAGAAAUGAAAACUUUAUACAAAAAGAAACAAAAUGAAACGGAGGAGACUAUUAGAAAACUUGAAAAGAAAGUUCAGACCCUCGUACGUGAAUGUCAAGUUAUCAGAGAGACCAAAGAUAACCAGAUUGCAGAGUUAAAAAAGAUAUGUGAACAAAGUACAGAAUAUCUGAAUAAUGAUUGGGAAAAAAAGCUCCACAAUGCUGUAGCAGAAAUGGAAAAGGAAAAGUUUGAACUUCAAAAGCAGCACACUGAAAAUAUUCAAGAACUGCUUGAGGACACAAACAUACGUCUGAACAAAAUGGAGGGUGAAUACAUGGCACAAACACAGUCCACACACCAGAUGAUCAGAGAACUGGAGUCCCGUGUCCAGCAGCUGACUGGAGAAGCAGAGAACAGUAACUUACAGAAGCAGAAAUUAAUUCAAGAAAAGCUGGAACUUGAGAGAUGUUACCAGAUAACAUGUAAUGAAUUGCAAGAAGUAAAGGCAAGGUGCAACACAUUGCAUAAAGAGAAGGAUCAUCUUGUAAAUGAUUAUGAGCAAAACAUGAAACUGUUACAAACCAGAUAUGAUGCUGAUAUAAACCUUCUGAAAAAGGAACAUGCUCUUUCAACUUCUAAGGCAUCUGGUAUGAUUAAAGAAUUAGAACAGAACAUCUGUCAAUUAAAACAGCAGUUACAGGAAUCAGAACUUCAAAGAAAGCAACAGUUAAAGGAUCAAGAAAAUAAGUUUCAAAUGGAGAAAUGUCACUUAAAACGCACCUAUGAGAAAAAGGUUCAUGACUUGCAGACUGAACUUGAUAAAGAAAAAGAAGAUGCUCAAAAGAAAAUCCAUAAAUUUGAGGAGUCUUUGAAGGAAAAAGAGGAGCAGCUCACCCGUGUGACUGAGGUUCAGAGGCUGCAGGCGCAGCAGGCAGAUGCAGCGCUGGAGGAGUUCAAGCGGCAGGUGGAGCUGAACUCGGAGAAGAUCUACGCGGAAAUGAAAGAGCAGAUGGGAAAAGUGGAAGCUGAUCUAACUAGAUCCAAGUCUCUUCGUGAGAAACAGUCGAAGGAGUUUCUGUGGCAGCUGGAGGACGUCAAGCAAAGAUACGAGCAGCAGAUAGUAGAGCUGAAGCUGGAGCAUGAACAGGAGAAGACGCACCUAUUACAGCAGCAUAACGCAGAGAAGGAUAGCCUAGUCCGAGACCAUGAACGGGAAAUUGGAGACCUGGAGAAACAGCUUCACACUGCCAAUAUGGAGCACGAAAAUCAAAUCCAAGAGUUCAGGAAACGAGAUUCACAGGUUAUUGCUGACAUGGAGACACAAGUCCACAAGUUGAGAGAAGAGCUGAUCAGCGUGAACUCCCAGCGGAAGCAGCAGCUGGUGGAGCUCGGUCUUCUUCGUGAAGAGGAGAAGCAAAGGACUGCUCGGGACCAUGAGGCUGCCGUCAACAAACUGAAGGCUGAGUCAGAAAAGAUGAAAAUAGAGCUGAAAAAGACUCAUGCCGCUGAGACAGAGAUGACGCUGGAAAAGGCCAACAGCAGGCUGAAGCAGACUGAGAAAGAAUACACUCAGAAGCUUGCCAAAUCCUCACAGGUCAUAGCAGAGCUUCAGACGACCAUCUCCUCUCUGAAAGAGGAGAGCAGCCGGCAGCGGCUCGCUGCAGAAGGGCAGCUCCAGGACGCUGUGCAGAAGUUUGAAGGCUUUACAAGACGAGCUAGAAAAGCGCUCGAAUCAAGCACGAUGUUUGGAGAAAAAACUGCAGCACAAGGAACUGGAAUCACAGGAGCAGGUACUGCCCGCUCGGCUGGUUUGCUCGUUCACUUUCUCCAGGUCCAGGAGCUCACGUGUGUCCUGUUUCCACCGGGUGCUUUGGCCGCGAGUAACAGAAUCCUCGGCCCCUUGCUACAACAAAGGGAUCUGUUGCCUCGCAACCUGUUAACCUCUGUCGCAGAAAGCCUGUAGGUAGGGUGGGCUCUGGGCAGGGAGCCCUGGGUUGCUGGCUCCGCCUCUCUCUCUCGCUCCCACGGCUCUACCUCCUGUGUAGGGUCCAUCCCAAAGCCAGCUCCGCGGUGCUCACAGCAGCUCCAGGCAUCCCGCGCAGAUCUAGCAGUAUCCAGGGGCAAAAAGGGACUUACGUUUCCAGGGUGCCCUUCCGCAAAGUCAGGAGACCUUUCCCAGAAGCACCCCCGUACGCAGCUCCCUUCUCGUCUCAUUGGCCAGAGCAGGUCACACGCUCAGAGCAGGUCACACGUCCAAUCCCUGGCGGGAGGCUGGAGGGUACCAAACUAGGCUGGACCACUUAGGGUCUGCCUGCCGGCGAUGGAGUCAUAAAAGGAAGGACAGCCCAGACAAGGGAGAGGGGAAAUGUGUUGGGGACGCAGCCAACGAUGUCUGCUGCGUCCUCAUAUCAGAACACAGGGACAUAGAUCAUGUUUUCUUUUGAAUUUUAAUUUCCUCCUCCUUCUUUCCAGUGUGUUAAUGAAACAAAUCUAGUAUAACCGGAAUAAUCUGGCUUUGACAAUAGCCAAUGACCUAUCUUAUUUUCAAACCACAGGAUCAUUUUCAUCCAAUUCUUUUACAUUUAAAGUAAAUUUAACUAAAUUUAAACUGAAAAGUCAACAGUGUCUUAAUAAACUUCAUGAGUCUUAAUGAAGCCUUUUGUAAACGCACUGUCCCCAGCUGUUGCGUACAGCAUUACUAAAAUUCUUCUAAGUGCCACAGAUCUUUAUGGACAGAACCCGCCGUAGGUGUUGGCAGACGCUUAUACUUUGGUUGUCUCGUAGUCAAUUCAGUACAGGGAUAUUGGGUUAGGUCAUUUUGGCCUUGUCAGAAGAGUAAGCCCUGAAGUAAGGCGAAUAGAGGAACUUCUGUCAUCUCUGGAGUUGUUUACAAACAGGACCCCAAGGUAGGGAUUGCACAAAAUGGCAGGUGUAAGCAUCUAAUAGAUGCCAAGUAAUAAUACUUACUGAAUGGACUGGACCUCCUGUAAUUCCUUCCUACUGUCUAAUGUAUGCCCUGCAUCAUAUACAUGUCAUGUUUGUGUCAUGUACGUAUAUAUCAUGUCUAUAUACGAUAUGUCUUGUAUAGGGUCUGUGUCGGACAGUCCAUGAUAGGAUCACAAAAUAGGAAAUUCUAGGAUGAAAAACUAAUAGUAACUAUAUUUAUUGAAGGCCCACAAGAUGAGAGACACUGUACGAGAAACGUUACACAUGUUAGUUCAUUUAUCCUGAUAAUAACCAUGUAAGGCCAGUAUUACCCCCCCAUUUCCCAAUUGGCACGCUAAAACCCAGAGAGGUUAAGUGACACGUCCAAGGUCACACAGCUGGUAACCAGUACAGGUGGAUUCACACCCUGGUUUAGCUGAAUUCCAAAUCUUUGCUCCUUUCAUGACAGUUUUGUUUUUUUUUUU